AUGGCUGCCCCAAAUUCAGCAUACAUACACGAUUUGACAGGGACUUGGGCUCUGAACAGAAAGUUGUCCGAUGAUCCAGACAAAGUGUUUGCUUUGUCGGAGAAUACGAGCGAAGCUACGGAUGGGGUAUCUGGAGAUACAACGACGGUUAUACAUGUCAAGCAAACUGUUCAUCCAGGAGGUUUCGAUAGCGAAGGUGAUUAUCCAGUCGACGGCAAGCCCCAUGAUGCCUCGCUUCCAAUUUUCGGAGAUGUCAGCAUGCAAUUCCGAUACAGCGAUGCUGCGGAAAUUGCAGAUAACACCCUUCGUGGAAGCUAUCAAGAAUCCGGAGACUCACGCAUAAUUGAUGAAUUUGCUCUCAAUGCGGCCAAAGGCUGGGAGGCUCGGGUGAUUUGGGGCUUCGAGCUGAUCGACGGCAAACGUCGUCUUACCAGAAACACCAGAACGACCAAGGAUGGGGACACUGUUGAUGCUAGAUUCGUUUAUGAUUACCUGAGGUAG